AUGGAGCAGCAAGCCGUUCAAGGAGAACGAGCGGCUCGGAAGGGAAAAGGCAAGCAGAAGCAGAAGGAGCGGCAGCCCCAGGCGGAGGGUUGCGCAGCAUCAGGAGUAGCAUCAGCACAAGCAUCAAGGUCCUCGUCAAUGAGAGUCGCCCCUGGAGGGGCGGUGAGAUUGCUUCCCGGCUUCAGCGCCACCGAGACACAACCCGCUGGUGAACACGGCGGUACUGGUGCCGGUGCAGCCGGUGCCUCCGGCGCUGCCGUUGCUGACGGGCAGCAGCAGGGUCGGGGAGGGGUGAGGAGGAGCCCGUGUGCAGGUCUCCCAUCGGGAACAACCACGUCGUUGUCCUCACCUUCCACCAGACGAAAGCAAAAGUCCCGAAAAAGGAAGAGCCAGCACGGAGGCGGCAGCGAAAGCGGCGGCAGCGACGGUGGCGGCGACGGCGGGUUGGGAACGCUUCUGUACGCGGGUAUGCGCAGCCACGAGAAGGUUUCGCCGCACAUUCCGAGCAGCUCCCCGUUCGUGCCGACGGCCUGGAGGGACCGCGUGAGCGGCGGCGGCAGCGGCGGCAGUGGCGAGGGCGGCGGGAGCGGAGCCGCUGCGGCCACCUUUUCCCCCGGCCCGUCUACUUCCUCCGCUCCUCCUUCCCCUACGCCAAACUCUCACGCCUUGACUUCUUCUCAGCCCGAUGCAACGCCGUCUUCAAUGCGGCCGCGACCAGCGAAGCCGUCUCCGCCGGCACCGGCCGUGGCAGUGGCGGCGACGGCGGCGGCUGGGAGCAAGGCGUCGCCCGUCGUCAGCGGCAAGGCCAGGAAGCUGCUGGGCCGAGCGCCGAAGGUACCGCCAGGCCCGCUCCGCGGCGGCCGCGUUGGCACGGCUCCGGCGCCGCUAGCCCCGGCGCCGCCAGCGAUGGGCGGUGGACGUUUCGCCGCCCCUCCUCCGUCGUUCAUCCCUCCGUUCUUCCAUCCACCGUUCGGUCUCUCGCCGUACGGGCUGGCGCCCUUCCCUCCACGCCCGUUCACGGCGACCGCAGCGGCCCCUCUUCUCGGAACCCCUUCCGCUCCCUUUGCCCACCCCCGUCUUCCCUCUGGCGCCCGUCCUCCGUUCGGCAUGAUGCCCCACCGGAAGAAUUUCGUCGAAGACGACGAUUUGGAGGUUGACGUGGAGGGGGAUGACGAUGAAACCGAGGAUAGACAAGCAGCAGCGGCAGGAGCGGGAGCGGGAGGGGGAGCCGGAGCGGAGGAGGGAGGAACGCCGGUGCCGACGGCUGCGACGACGCUACUGGCGCCACCACGACCACCACCUCCGACGACGAUGUCAUCACAACCACCACCGCCGACAAGAACAACAACGGCGGCGACGCUCUCACUUCCGACGGAGGCGGGGCCGUCCCUUCGAGUGGGCAACGAUCACGGUGGCGGGGGCGGCGGUGGAAGCAGCGAAGACGAAAACGACGACGACGACGACGACGACGACUUUUCCCUUGACACGCCGUCGCGGGCACGAAGCAGUCGGGGAGAGGGGAAGGACAUGCCCUUGCCGACAGCUGCAGCGGCAGCAGGGGGGACACAGGAAGACGCAGGAAGGAGAAGAGCAGGAGGUGCGGGAGGGGCGGGGAGCCCCGCGAGGCCGAUUCUCGCCCAACCGUGGCUGCCGAUGCCGGUGGUGUCGGCGGGGGCGCCGCGGACGUCCGCGUUGGACCCGUCCGCCGUAUCCAACAUUGCCUUCGACGAUGAAAGUGGUGACCGUGCGUGACAGCCUCCGUCUUCUCCCGGCACCUCCUGUGCUUCUGUCGGCGUGCUUGUGUCUUUGUUGUUAGCAUGGACCGCGCUAGUGUGUGUGCAUGUGCUGUGUUUGGAUCUAACUGGGUGCCUGUUUUUAGCGUCGAACGCUCUGCUCUUAAGGGCGUAGUGCGGUCUGCCAGCUAGUACGUGUUGACCACAGCGAUGUACAAUGUGCUUCGGUGCGUGAUUUGUGAGCGUACUAGAAGGGGGGACCUCCCUUCCCCGUUCAAUGUGCGCUUCUACUGUACCCGCCGAGGAGGUUUCGAAUUUUCGCGUCGUGAUUGUUUCGCGCUCCGCUUUUUAGUUGUGGUGGGUGACGACGACGUAGUGCCAAAAAACGGCACAAGCAAACGCCAUCCCGUGCGUGACGUAACUAGAAGGGCGUGUGCUGUUUUGUGAAAACCUGAUUCCUUCGGCUUCCAGAUGUGUGUGCAAUUUUAGUGAGCUUGCUUUUUUUGUCAUGUAUUUUCAUGUUCUUCAUGUCUACGGAGGUUGUUGGUCAUGAAGGACUUGCCCACGUGUCCGAAUGUGGUCUUGUAUGCUUUUCUGUUUCGGUUUUUGUUGUCGCUACCGGGCGGAAAUACGGGGGGGGGUUGUUCAGGUCGUCGUGUGUUGCACGCGAUCUGUUCCAUCGCUCGCCCCAGGAGUCACCCCCCUGACAAGAACACAAAAACUCGCACUAGUGGAUACGUCGUGUCUACGGGUGUUUCGAGUUUGUCGGUGUAGAGUCUUUCGAACCCGUGCACAUCGUCUGUAAGUGAUCAGACUCUUGGAGUUGUCGGUUGGUGUUGGCUUGUUCUGAAGGCUGAAAGCAUCGAAUUGUAUUCGCGUGCGGUUGAGAGUACAACCGCUCGCCUGCCGCGUCCCGUUCAAACACCUCUUAGUCCUUCGUGAGGGAAGAGAGUCAGAUGGUCUAAAUCGGUAGAUUUUUGGCUUUCCGAUUUUUACGGGGGUCGAAGGAGUGUGUGCAUGUGUGACAAGAUGUUACAAGCGUCCACGUGCCUGACGAACAACCGAUGAGGGUGUGUGGUUCUCUUUCCAGCGUUGAAAAUCGUCAAAUUUAUCCUUCCA